CCCCUUUUUAUCCCUGUCUCUCGGGUGCUUUGGCUAACCUAACCCUAAGUCGCAGCUCACACCCGUCUAACUCCAUCGCUCUUGCACCUUUCAGAGCUUCGAAAAUGAGUCGCGGAACGGCGGUGGCGAGCAAGGGGAAGAAGAAGGGAGCGACGUUCGUGAUCGACUGCGGGAAGCCGGUCGAGGACAAGAUCAUGGACAUCGCAUCCCUCGAGAAGUUCCUCCAGGAGCGGAUCAAGGUAGGCGGCAAGCCCGGCGCUCUCGGCGACUCCAUCACCCUCACCCGCGAGAAGAGCAAGAUCACCGUCACCUCCGACAGCACUUUCUCCAAGCGGUAUCUUAAAUACUUGACUAAGAAGUACUUGAAGAAGCACAACGUGAGGGAUUGGCUUAGGGUGAUUGCUUCCAACAAGGACCGGAACGUUUACGAGUUGAGAUACUUCAACAUUGCUGAAAAUGAGGGAGAGGAAGAAGACUAAGCGUCUAGUUUCGGAAGCAUCAUCCAUUAGGCUUAGUUGCCUGAAAUAGUUAUUUUUUUCCCUUCUUCAGCUGUUUAUUUAAUCUUGUUGGAUCUGUUUUGUUGUUGCUUACUUAAGGGUUCUAUUCAAGAUUUUGCUCUGAUAAUUGGAGGAUUUGGUUGUCUUAUUACCGGAGUGGACAGUGCAAUAUAUGCUUAUUUUUUUGUUUCUGCC